CCCGUGACGCUGCUUGUACACGUAGCCUAGUAGGAUGUGUUCAUUGAAGAUGGUGGCGGUGUGUCAGACUCACUGUCCUGCACAUUUGUAAGAAUUUAUUUAUAUCUAUACACAUUUCCGACAUCGGCUUCGCCUGACUUCACUCUCUUCAGUGACAUCUACUAGAGUGACCUGGUCCUCAGACCUGUUAGCUCUGCAGUCAUGCAGCCCCCUCCUCGGACUGGACCUCCAGGAGCCUCUGGCCCUCCUCCUUCUGGGCCCAAUAUGUUCCGCAGGACCAGGCCUCACAAGCAUACAGCAGCAGCUACUGCCACAAUGCCACCUACUACUCAACCCAUGACAAACCCUUUUGCUUUUGUUAGAGCUCCUCCUCCUAUGGCUGCAGGUGGUCCCCCAACAAUACCCAACAGCAACGCUCCACUAAUGCAAGCCCCACCUAACACCAUGUACUCUCAAGCUGGCUCAGGGCUGCCUCCACAACCACAGACAAUGGAGGAUGUCCCAGCUGCUCCCCCUGGUCCCCCAUCAUCCUCUCUGCCAGGGGUUACCCUUUUCAACCCUCACAGUACAGCAUCCACUGGUGUUUUCCCAGCACCUAGUCCCACAGGAUAUGCAUCCUCACAUAGUGAACAGGGCUAUUUUAAUUCAAGAGAACAGACACCAUCCAUGGCCACAGAGCCACCACCUGUGGCCUCAGCCCCACCUCUUUGUCAGACACCUUUUAACCAGGAAUUUCAAGGACAGCCUCCUCCCCAGCCUGUGCCCUUCCAGCCAGUACCUCCCACCACCUCCUCUUCCCAGUGGGCCCCUGAUCACGGAAGUCGACCUCCAUCAGUUCAGAAUUAUUUCCAGCCUACUAGUGACCCUCCACCACAGUCUUUUAAUUUACCUCCGCACACCCAGAUGUACCCCUCCCACACCCCAUCACCCCAUCACAACACCCCUACCCCUCCAACACAACCUGGACAUCCCCAGAUCCAGGCUCCUCUUCCUCCACAGAAUCCUGUAAAUGCCCCUAGUUCUCAAUGGCCUGACCCAAAUGCACCCCAGCAGCAUAAUUCCCACUUACAGAGUCAGAGCUACUUCAGUCAGAGCUCUGACCCCCAGGACUCAUGGUUCUACCAACCUCCACAGGACCCAGGCUACCACCAAAUGGGGACUGGCCUGGGCCAUCCUCAGCCCCGGCCUGACUCUGCUGGAUCUCAACAUGCGUCCAACACUGGGCCUGGGCCUAGUUCUGCCCCUGCCACUGCCCCAGUCCCAUACUCUCAGGAGUCUGGAACACUCUCAAUGUUCUUCAAAGACAACGAUGUGGAAAAUGAAGAAACACUGGCUGGAGAAAGAAAUAAGGCUGUAAAUGGUAUUCCUGGAUCCUUUCAAUAUCACAGCAGCCCACAAGCCCACAGUGACCAAGCAGAUGUUUCUUUGGAUUACCAAGGACCUUCUCUGCAAGAUCAUUCACACCUACCAUACAUGAAUGAUGGCAAUCAUGCAUCCCAGAAGGCCCCUGAUUCCCAGUAUGACCAUGUGGAGAAUUUGGAGUGUGUCCCGAACCAGGAAGUAUUACCCAGUGAAACCCAUGGCAGCCCUGCUGCUACUGCAGCUCAUGGAGGAGACCAGUUUGAAACCGGGCCUAACCUGGAGACACCAGAUUCUAUUCCAAGACCAAUGAGAUCUGCCAGUGUGUCAUCCAACUAUAGCAAUAUGAGCCAUGGAAGUGGAACUGGCACUCGUCGGCAUCAGGGAGUAGUAGGUACCUUUAUUCAGCAGGAAAGUCCACGUCUCACUGAUGAAGCUAACCUGUCUGCAGCCGCUGGAGGCUACUUUGAGCAGAUUGACACAUCUCCAGCUGGAGAUAUGGGUGCGCAACAGAGCUCCCUGGAGCAGAUGUGGCUCCCCACACCUAGCCCUCCCAAACCAACUGGUAUCUUUCAGGCCAGUGCUAACAGCUCUUUUGAACCUGUGCGCUCACAUGGGGUUGGGGUGCGUCCUCCUGAAGUUGAUAAGGCUAAAAUGGUAGUGGAAAGGGGUGCAGAUUCUACACCUGGCAACCUGGAGCAGCCACCAGAUAAUAUGGAAAAUAUUUAUGGCCCAGGGCACCCCCUACCUGCUGGGGCUGGAGGUGGUAUACCUCAUCUGACACACCCAGUGGUUCAUUCUCACUCUCGACCUUCAUCCCGUGCUUUUGGGGCCAGUCAGCCCUGUGAGAGCCCUGCCGCCAGUCUGUGGGCUCAGAGUGAUCCUGCUAGCUUGGGUGCUAACAUCCUCCUAGCCCCUGCUGCCCCGACAGUUCUUGCCCCUUUACGAGAGCCUAGUGCUGAUGUCAUCCAACCUCCAGAGGAUGGCCCACUGGACCUGCAGCCCUCCCAGAGAAUCCAGCCAACUUCACAGCAACAAUCAGAGAACCUAGAGAACCCACCAAAGGUGAGUGAGGCAGAGCCAACUGACUCACAAGGCAACCUGGGCUAUGCGUCUCUCCUUGUGUCUGACUCGCUCCACCAGCCUGUUUUGAUUGCCCCACCAGUUUCCAAUUACAGUGUGAUUCCCCCCAAUAUGCCUAUUCAAGCAGCCAGUCAAAGUAGCCUUAGGGAAACUACCCCGCCUGUGAGAUCACCUGCACAGGGGCAGGGUGCCAAUACUUCCCAAACACCUUUAUUAACCUCUAAUCAGAAUCCACUGUUUGCCCCUGGACCAUUAAGCUUCAUUUCUUCAGUCUCUAACCAGGGCCCGCUCAAUCUGACCCGAGACAACACAGAAGCAGCAACAUCAGACAUCACAGCUCCGCUGCAGUCUCAGCCAGUCCGCCCUCCUCUUUCAAGGGGCCAAUCAUUGGGUGGAGACAGCCACUCUGCUCUCCAAGUUAAUCCACAGGCUUCUCUUGUGACUGCUUCUCUCUCUAAUCAUAAUCAGCCAUCAAAUUAUGAACUACUUGAUUUUUCUAUGCACCAAUCACAAGCCCAAAACCAAGCAUCUGGCCAUCCUUCCUCUCUGCACGAGUCUCCACAAUCUAGUAAUGGAUUUUACCUACAGGUCACCAAAGAUGCUCAGCAGGGGGUAAGAGUGAAAGGGAAUGCCCCUGUCCAGACCCUGGCCUCUGUAUCUACCCCACAGGUACCACCAGCACCUUCACAAGCAGCUGCAAACACCCAGCCGCCACCAGCUGAACUUCCUAAAACAUCAGUUUCUCAGGCUGCACUGCAGGGACAAAAUGAUGCUCCUCCUGUUCCGGUGAGUGGAGCACAACCCUCCCAUGGCCAGUAUCCAACUCCAGCACCGGGGCCUGCUGCAGGGAGCACUCUUCCUCCUGCUGCUGCAUACCCUCCAGGGCCUCGAGGACCAUUACCUCCAGGAGCUUCCCAGCCACCUCCUGCGGAGCCACCUCGACCACCCUCCACCCAUAGCCAGCAGGGCUAUGGGCCCCCUGCUCCAGUGCCAGGGCAGAUGUAUGCUGGCUAUUAUGGUAAUUAUGGAGAAUACCCUGAUUGCAGAGCACCUUAUCCUCCUGGCCAGUACCCACCUCCACCUGGGGAUCCUAGAGCACAGCAAUAUUAUCAAGAUGGUCAAUACAGGAGCAGAGCGGAUCCUUGGUAUGGCAGAUAUGAAGGGCAGACCCCAGCUUAUCGUGAUCCAAACUACCAGUACAGAGAGCCUCAGCCAGACCGACCCAGCUCCAGGACCAGUCAGUACUCUGACAGGCCCUCAUCCAGGCAAGGCUAUCCUGACGAGUACCCGAGAGCAAACCGAAGUGCCUAUAGUGAAUAUUAUGCAGAUUACGCCAAGCACUAUGAUUAUGGAGGAUACAACUAUGGACAGUAUGACCCGCGAUACAGAGGAUACUAUGAUCAGUCCUACUGGUCUAAUUACGAUGAGAACUACAGAGGCAGAGACAACUACUAUAAUCAACAGAUGUAUCCUGCCAGGAAAGAGGGCUAUGAUGAUCAGUGGCGGUACUAUCCUGGUUAUGAUGCCAGUUUUGAUGAUGAUUACCGUCGACGUGGAGAAGUGUACGGCGAUGAGUUUGACAGACGCAGCGUCCACAGCGAGCAGUCGGCACACAGUGUGCACAGUUCUCACAGCCACCACAGCAGACGAAGCAGCUUCAGCUCACAGUCACAACAGAGCCAGGUAUACACAAGCCAGCCUGACUUAGUGUCAGCAGUCUAUGACACUACAGCAUCCACUUUGGCUGUGGACUACUCCUAUGGACAGUACCCGAACCAGACUGAUGCUUCCCAGAACUACGGCCAGUACCUCUAUCCCUCUGAGUACACCGCAGACAGCACCUGGAUUGCCCCUGAGCAACCUCCUCCUCGUCCUGCAACCCCAGAGAAGUUCACCAUACCCCACCGUUGUGCCCGCUUUGGACCUGGUGGUCAUCUGGUCCAAGUUCUGCCCAAUCUCCCCUCAGCUGGACAGCCUGCUCUCGUUGAUAUCUAUAACAUGGAGACCAUGCUGCAGGAUACCCCAGAUCAGGCAGAACUACGAGCCUUCCCUGGACCUCUUGUUAAGGAGGAGACCCAUAAGGUGGACGUGAUAAAGUUUUCUCAGAACAAAGCGCUGGAGUGUUCUCGUGAUAACAACCUCUUGGACAAGGACUCUACCCGCCUGCUCUGGGACUUCAUAAUGCUGCUCUGUAGACAGAAUGGGACUGUGGUCGGCACGGACAUCGCUGACCUCUUGUUGAAGGAGCAUCGCUCUGUCUGGCUCCCGGGCAAAAGUCCGAACGAAGCCAACUUGAUUGAUUUUAACAAUGAACCACUGGCACGAGCUGAGGAAGAGCCGGGAGCCGGACCGCUAUCCCUCCUAUCUGACACCUUCAUGACUGUCCCAGAGAACGUUGGCAAGGAAACAGAACGCUUCAGGGAGCUGUUACUGUUUGGCCGCAAGAAGGAUGCGCUAGAAGCAGCUAUGAAGGGAGGUCUGUGGGGCCACGCCCUGCUGUUGGCCAGUAAGAUGGACAACAGAACACAUGCACGUGUCAUGACAAGGUUUGCCAACAGUUUGCCUAUCAAUGACCCUCUCCAGACAGUGUACCAGCUGAUGUCAGGGAGGAUGCCUGCAUCAGCCACUUGCUGUGGUGAGGAGAAGUGGGGUGACUGGCGCCCUCACCUGGCCAUGGUGCUGUCUAACCUUACACACACCCUGGACCUGGACACACGCACAAUCACCACCAUGGGCGACACUCUCGCUUCCAGGGGGCUGAUUGAUGCUGCACACUUCUGCUACUUGAUGGCCCAAGUUGGUCUGGGAGUUUUCACAAAGAAGAGCACCAAGAUGGUUCUGAUUGGCUCCAACCACAGUUUGCCCUUUUACCAAUUUGCGACCAAUGAAGCAAUCCAGAGGACUGAGGCCUAUGAGUAUGCUCAAUCUCUGGGCUCCCAGCCAUGCUCACUACCCAAUUUCCAGGUGUUCAAGUUGAUCUAUGCAUGCCGCUUGGCUGAAGCAGGCCUGAGUGCUCAGGCCUUCCACUACUGUGAAGUUAUCUCUAGGGCUGUCCUCACGCAGCCUUCCUACUACUCUCCUGUUUUAAUAAGCCAAAUCAUACAGAUGUCAGAAAAGCUGCGAUUCUUUGAUCCACAACUGAAGGAGAAGCCAGAGCAGGAGUUGUUCGAUGAGCCUGAAUGGCUAAUCCACCUCAGACAGCUGGAUGGACAGAUCAGGACGGGGGUGAUUACAUACAGUGAAGACAGAACAACUCCUACACAGUUCGACUGCAGCAGCCCCAGCUCUGACUUGGACCAGCACAGUCCACCUGAACCUUACAGCAUGCCUGUGGAGUUGGAUGGCCCCACCCCUGACAACCCACUAAUGAGCUCAUUAAUGCCAGGGCCUCCACCGCAGGCAGUACAGCUGAUGCCUCCAGCUCCGACCUCCAUCCUCCAAGAUGGGAUGGCCCCUCCUCAGCCUUUACCCUCCAACGAUGUGCCCCAGUUCUACCCAGUACCCCCCAGUGGACCACCAGGCCAGAUCCCCAUCUCAGGCUACCCUCCACAGGAUCCUGGCUUCGCCCCUCCUCCCCUCCAGCCUCAACCUGAGCAGUCAGAAAUGUAUCCAGGAGCCCAUCAGCAGCCGUGUCCCCCACCUCUUCAAGUGGGCCAAAUGUCACCACACAUGCCCCCUCAGGUGCCGCAUUCACCUGCACGGGUGAACCACCCACCACCCCAGAUGCCUCAGCACAUGCCUCCUUCUCCUGGGCAUAUGCCACCCGUACAGCAGAUGUCCCAGGCCCCACCAGAGAUGAUCAGUGCUCAACCAAUAUCAUCUUCCCCACCCAGAAGCUCCUUCACACCGAAGAUGGACUUCUAUGACCACAUGGCUCACAUGGUUCCUGGAAGGAGAUCAAGGACUGCUUCACAAUCUUCAAUGCAUGUGACUUCAGGACGUCGCUCUCGCACCACAUCUGAAUCUUCCACUCACUCUGGCGGAAGAGAGCGGAGCAACUCGUCUGUCAAGCAGGCCUCUCCACCUCCGCCUUCAAUUCCUGAACAGCCCCACAGAGAAGAGGCCAAGAAAGUCAAGAAAGACUCCCCGAAAAAGACUGGUGGUGGUGGCUGGCUAAACUGGCUCUAUAGGAAGGGGAAGAAUGAGGCUCACUUGCCAGAUGACAAAAACAAAUCUAUUGUGUGGGAUGAAAAGAAGCAGAAAUGGGUCGACUUGAAUGAGCCUGAAGAGGAGAGCAAGCCCCCUCCACCACCUCCCUCUGGCUUCCCCAUGAUGCCUCAGAUGCCUGGCCCUGGAGGGCCUGCCGCACCCCCGAGUGGUGGUCCUGCUGUCAACAUGUUCUCCAGGAAGGCAGGCACGAGGAGCAGAUAUGUGGAUGUUCUGAACCCCAGUAGAACUGCUAAACCGGGUGGAUUAGCCCCUGCUCCUGCAGACAUCUUUGCUCCUUUGGCACCAAUGGCCAUGCCUGCUAACCUAUUUGUGCCUAGUUCAGCUCCUGACGAUCAACAACCUCUAGAGGGCAGUGAAGGAGGAAAUCUAGAGCAGAAUUCACCAAACACCAGCGCUGCUCCACAGAUGUUCAACCCAACGUUGUUACCACCUGCCCCAGAAGGUCCUCCCGUGCCUGAUGGCUCACAGUCCGGAGAGCUCUCACGUUCUAGCUCAAUGAGUUCUUUAUCACGCGAAGUGAGUCAGCAUUUAAACCAGAGUCAUCCUGCCCAGGGACCUGCACCCGCUGGAGGCGUCACCUUUUAUAACCCUGCACAGUUUGCACAGACAAGUGCACCAACAGGAGGCGGACACCGAUCUGGUCGUUUGGGCGGUCAGCGCCAGUACCCAGUGAUGAAGUAAACAUCAUCUUGCAGAGAGAUUGUGUAAACAGACUUGUUGGAUAGAGUGAUAUCCUACCUGGUAGCAAAUGAAGCACAUGGACAUACUGCUUUCUGUCUAAAGGACCCUUUCUUUUUGCCCGCACCUAAGAAGAGCAUGAUCACGGUCUCCAUCAUGUCGAUCUUUGUCCAACAGCUUAACCACUCUUGCAUCUUUUUCUUUGGUUCG